CCAGUGCUCGCGCCUCCCGCGCCGCCGCCGCCGCCCAUCCAAGGAUAUGCCUUCAAGCCUCCGCCCAGACCCGACUUCGGGACCUCCGGGAGAACAAUCAAGUUACAGGCCAACUUCUUUGAAAUGGACAUUCCAAAAAUUGACAUCUAUCAUUACGAACUGGACAUCAAGCCGGAGAAGUGCCCAAGGAGAGUGAACAGGGAAAUAGUGGAACAUAUGGUCCAGCACUUUAAAACACAGAUCUUCGGGGAUCGGAAACCAGUGUUUGAUGGAAGAAAGAAUCUGUACACAGCAAUGCCCCUUCCGAUCGGGAGGGAUAAGGUGGAGCUGGAGGUCACGCUGCCUGGAGAAGGGAAGGACCGCAUCUUCAAGGUGUCCAUCAAGUGGGUGUCCUGCGUGAGCCUACAGGCGUUACACGAUGCACUUUCGGGGCGGCUGCCCAGCGUCCCCUUUGAGACGAUCCAGGCCCUGGAUGUGGUCAUGAGGCAUUUGCCAUCCAUGAGGUACACGCCUGUGGGCCGCUCCUUCUUCACGGCGUCCGAGGGCUGCUCCAACCCCCUUGGCGGGGGCCGGGAAGUGUGGUUUGGCUUCCAUCAGUCCGUCCGACCUUCUCUUUGGAAAAUGAUGUUAAAUAUUGAUGUCUCGGCAACUGCGUUUUAUAAGGCACAGCCGGUAAUCGAGUUUGUUUGUGAAGUUUUGGAUUUUAAAAGUAUUGAAGAACAACAGAAACCUCUGACAGAUUCCCAAAGGGUCAAGUUUACCAAAGAAAUCAAAGGUCUAAAGGUGGAGAUAACGCACUGUGGGCAGAUGAAGAGGAAGUACCGUGUCUGCAACGUGACCCGCCGGCCCGCCAGCCACCAAACGUUCCCGCUGCAGCAGGAGAGCGGGCAGACGGUGGAGUGCACGGUGGCUCAGUACUUCAAGGACAGGCACAAGCUGGUCCUGCGUUACCCGCACCUUCCAUGUUUACAAGUCGGACAGGAGCAGAAACACACCUACCUUCCCCUCGAGGUCUGUAACAUAGUGGCAGGACAGAGAUGUAUCAAAAAACUGACGGACAAUCAGACCUCAACCAUGAUCAGAGCGACUGCCCGGUCAGCACCAGAUCGUCAAGAAGAGAUCAGCAAGCUGAUGCGAAGUGCAAGUUUUAAUACAGAUCCGUAUGUUCGUGAAUUUGGAAUCAUGGUCAAGGACGAGAUGACAGAUGUGACCGGGCGGGUCCUCCAGCCGCCCUCCAUCCUCUACGGGGGCAGGAAUAAAGCGAUCGCCACCCCCGUCCAGGGCGUGUGGGACAUGCGGAACAAGCAGUUUCACACGGGCAUCGAGAUCAAGGUGUGGGCCAUCGCCUGCUUCGCCCCCCAGCGCCAGUGCACGGAAGUCCACCUUAAGUCCUUCACAGAGCAGCUCAGAAAGAUCUCGAGGGACGCUGGAAUGCCCAUCCAGGGCCAGCCGUGCUUCUGCAAAUACGCCCAGGGGGCGGAUAGCGUGGAGCCCAUGUUCAGGCAUCUGAAGAACACAUAUGCCGGCCUGCAGCUGGUGGUGGUCAUCCUGCCGGGCAAGACCCCCGUGUACGCCGAGGUCAAGCGCGUGGGAGACACGGUGCUGGGGAUGGCCACGCAGUGCGUGCAGAUGAAGAACGUGCAGAGGACCACGCCCCAGACCUUGUCCAACCUCUGCUUGAAGAUCAAUGUCAAACUGGGGGGCGUGAACAACAUUCUCCUGCCCCAGGGGAGGCCGCCUGUGUUCCAGCAGCCCGUCAUCUUCCUGGGGGCCGACGUCACUCACCCACCCGCUGGGGACGGGAAGAAGCCUUCCAUCGCCGCUGUCGUGGGCAGCAUGGACGCGCACCCCAACCGCUACUGCGCCACGGUGCGGGUCCAGCAGCACCGGCAGGAGAUCAUCCAGGACCUGGCCACCAUGGUCCGGGAGCUGCUCAUCCAGUUCUACAAGUCCACGCGCUUCAAGCCCACACGCAUCAUCUUCUACCGGGACGGCGUCUCUGAGGGCCAGUUCCAGCAGGUUCUCCACCAUGAGUUGCUGGCCAUUCGUGAGGCGUGUAUUAAGCUAGAAAAAGACUACCAGCCAGGGAUCACUUUCAUAGUGGUACAGAAAAGGCACCACACACGGCUGUUCUGCACCGACAAGAACGAGAGGGUUGGGAAAAGUGGAAACAUUCCAGCAGGCACAACUGUGGACACGAAAAUCACCCACCCGACCGAAUUUGACUUCUACCUGUGUAGCCACGCUGGCAUCCAGGGAACAAGCAGGCCUUCCCACUAUCACGUGCUUUGGGAUGACAAUCGUUUCUCUUCCGAUGAGCUGCAGAUUCUCACCUACCAGCUGUGUCACACCUAUGUGCGUUGCACGCGCUCUGUGUCCAUCCCGGCGCCAGCAUACUACGCCCACCUGGUGGCCUUCCGGGCCAGGUACCACCUGGUGGACAAAGAACAUGACAGUGCCGAAGGAAGCCAUACCUCCGGGCAGAGUAAUGGACGAGACCAUCAAGCGUUGGCGAAGGCCGUCCAGGUUCAUCAGGACACCCUGCGCACCAUGUACUUUGCUUGACGUGUUUUAGUGUUUACGAUCGUGUACCGAGUUGGAUUCACAUGAGACCAGCUACACUCAGACCAACAGAUGCCCAGCCCUUCCGUGACAGCCAGCAUCGAACAUGAGACGUCAUUGAUUUUAGUAGAUUCUCCAUUUUCCAGAAUGCCUUCUGUCCCAGAUUUCAACUUGGAUUUUGAACUGCAGACCUGUAUGAGACCCCAUUGUCGUAGGAAAUAUGGUUUGCCAAAAUCUAUAAGCUGCUUAUUAAAAUAGAGUCCCGUGUUUCCUAAAAAUCUCCUAAAACCAGUCUAUGAACUCAGGGCUUUAAAACAUUUUUAAUUUAUUUGGUCAUUCAAUUUACUUGUUUUUAACACAUGAUUCUCUAUGAAAUUGAUGGGCUCAAACUAGCUGUGAACAUUCUCAGAGAGUGAAAGUGACACAGAGCACGGCUGUGGUUUUAAAGCCUUGAGCAUUCUGAGGUGGCCACUAACGCUUAUGUCCGAGUGAUUCGAGCGUGCUCCUGACAGGGCUGCCACCAGCUCUUCGGGACCGAGGGCAGGUGGCCCGCCGAGGCGCCCACGGGUGUCUAAUACCGCCACCGCCCGCCUCUCACUCAGCUUGAGAUAAGGAGCGGGGGCAGAAGAUGGGCCGUGUGUGUUUACAGCAUUUCUAGGUCCAGAGAGAUUGGCAGACAAGUGCCAUUUUAAUAAAAAUUUAUUUAAAAAAAGAAAAAAAGACAAUAUGCCGACAGUCUAAUCAUAAGAUUUGUCCUACAGGACUGUGACAUUUAUUUUCCAAAGUUUCUAAAGAAUACGGGUCUGUGGUGAUAAAUACAGUACAAUCCUUUUUCACUGUUAUGUCUUUAAUGUAAGAGAAAAAAUAUAUAUAUCUGGUUUGCAGUAUUAAUGUGAUAGAUAGAUGCUGUUUUUUCAUUUUAUUGACUACGGGGUGCUUCUUGUGAUCUGUUCACCAUAUCAAGAGUGUUGUGGAGCCUGGAGGCUGGACCACCGCCUGUGGUUCUCAGUGCUGACGUACGGGAGUAAGCAGCUGAGUCAGUGUGACCGCCACCCGCCGUCCCCCCCCAUGUAGCCUGCGUAGCCUGUACCUGCGGGAGGACCGGGCACGGGCAUGGCGGCCCUGCCCCACCUCCUGUCCCCCGUGUUGCUCAGCCGAUUAAGCACAAAUGGAAUGUAUUUUCUUCCAUUCCUGGAAAACCAGUCCUUGUGUCAGAGUGUCCCUCUCUCUGUGUGUGGUUCUGUUAGACGAGUUUCAUAGGAUCUAUGCACUGAAAGGCGCAGAGGCUGGUGGUUGGCGGCGAGCCCCUGCCCUUGGAGGUGGCUGACUGCAAAGCCGGCAGGAGAGAUUGGCGUCCUGGGCCCCAGACGUGGGUUUGCCCGUCUAGAAACCGUUGCACUAAGCGUGAUGCCAUGGACCACUUGGAAAGGUAACAAUGGACAACUCUGUUUGUGCUCAGUGGGCUGUUGGUCCUUGUAGACGAUUUAAAAAAAAAAAAAAAAAUCAAGUCCACGUUUAAUGUAGAGGUUCUGGGAAGGAGACGCGCCUUCCCCUCGUGCUGCUUUGUGCUCUGUCGGUUUCCCUCUCCCUGCUGAAGGCCUCCCCAAGCCCAGCCCGACUCUUACCUCUGGCCCUGCGGUGGAGCGAGGGCCCCGGGGGCGCCCUGCGCUGGAGAAAGCGCCCACCUCUGUUUCUGGUCUGCGGGCUCUGGGGCGCGGCCGGGGCGGGGCACCGCGGGCAGAGCUGUGACGGGCACUCGGCCUAGGUUUGGGCGGCGAUGACAAAGGGGCAACUAUUAUUUGUGAAGAUAAAUACUCAGAGUGGCGUGUGCGUGUCUGAGUGUGUGUGUGGGUGUCUCACUGAUGGCGUGAGCCUCUUGCUGUAUCUUUCUUGUUUUGGGGUUUGGUUGGUUGUUUUUUUUUCCUUUUACUUUCUCUCUCUCUCUCUUUUUUUUUUUGGUCUUUUUAAAACGAACAGAAGCCUCUGCUCUAAGAAAUGUUGCAAUUCCCUGUCGUCUUAUUGGCAAUUGGCACUUUCUCCUCUUUUCAGAAGAAUACCGAUACACUCUUGGCUUAAAUUCCCAGAGCAUUCAAGCUAAGGAGGAAAUCUUUUCACUAAUACACUUUUGGAAUCUGAAAUUAGGUUAGUUUUCAGCCGUUUUUAGGAUCAUCUAGAACCAUGUGUCUCAAAGGUGUGUUUCUGCUCCUUGCAACAGGGUCCUGGCGGUCGGGCCGGUGGUGGUGCUCGGUAAAAAUGCAGACUCCCGAAUCCGAUUCUCCAGGGUUGGGGCUGGGUGUCUGUAUUUUAUACCGUCAGCCGGGGCUCCAGGGCUGCCUGAAGUCAGAGGGGUCCUCUCCCCUGAGCCCCAGGGGGCCAAGCAGGGAGGAGCCGUUGGGCAGCGCAGGCAGACUAAGCUAACACCCAGGAAAGAUCGCGGGCUGGCAGAAGAUUAGACCUAAAAUGUGUUUUAUCGUUUUGAAGGAGGGGUUUUCCUUUUAGUGGGCCAAAGUUCUUUGAGAAGGGUACUUUUUAUAGCCCUGUGCUUGUUUUAUAAAACUUUUAAUACUAAAAGCAUUAAUAGAUCAAACGUCUCCAGCUAGGUGAGCCGCAUACCUUUGUACACAUCUGAUGAUUCAGAGUUCAAGUGGCUGUAGUUACAAUUUCUCAGGUAAAUAACUGGUUUCCCAAAUUUCUACCAGUCCCCCCAUUAUUAGGAUAAAUUUUGAGACAGCAUAAAACCUCAAAGUGCAGUAGACUAAGCCUGAGCCCUGUUCCCGUGGAAGCCAAAAGGGGCCCUUGCCCAUCUCUGACGACGCUUGCUCCCACCCCAAGGGCUCCCUCGGCCCACAUGGCCCGGACAGGGCUCCCCGGCUCCCAGGGUCGCCCGAGACUUGGGGCCCUCACAGAGGUGAGAGGCGUCUGCAUGCCCGCUUUGCCCUAUCCCCGCUGUUAAGUAAGGUGUGCCUUGCUUUAAGCAAACUGAAUGUGAAAAUUAUGGUGUAGAAACCUGGAUUCAUUUGAAAGAAAAACUGGGAUUUCUCUCAUCUCUUUAAAAAGAUGUCUCCUGAUCAGAUUCUCAUACUGGUACUCUCCCUAGUCGAUUUUAAAUGUCACUUGAAGAAGAAGGACCGUUCCCAGCCCUUCCCCACUGUCCAUUCUGCCCACCCUGCCAUCACCCCAGUGACAGAGCAAUGAAGGAAGCCCAGGGGAGCCGCGGACGGCCGCCGGGUGUGGAAGCGCCCUUUGGUGACACUGAGAGUCCGUCCUGUCCGUGUUCUCCAAGCUCAGACUUCCCUAGUUCCAAUACCUUUUUGUAAAACUGGGCAUACCUGUACUUUCAGAGAGGGAUUGUUUGGUUUUGGUUUUGAGAAGUCUUUGCAUACACACUUGUGCUACAACACUGUAGGGUCUGCUUGGACAUUGUAAGGUGACGUUGCUGUUUGGUCGUGCCGUCACACUCCCUUGGGUGAAUGUUUGCGCUCUAGAGCCACAGGUGACCCCUGGCCACUGGGCGGGCUGGCCUGAGAGGGACGCGGCAGGAGCGGAGUGAGGUCCACGCUCCAGGAGGUUGGCCGUGGUCACUGCUGUCACUGAUGUUCACCCCUGGUUACGGAGUGCUCGUUGGAAAAGACAGUUUGAGUUCAG